CUGGGGUCCUCGCGUUCGUUUGUCGCUCAUAAAAUAUGGCGUCGUAGGAAGUCUGUUGUUGUCCGAAAGAAAGUGGCAACAUACGGAUAUGCAAAUAACCACGCAUGUAGUGUCAAAAACAUACCAGUUAAAAGGCAGAUAAAGUGAAAGUGGUUAUGAACCGCAAUGUUGAGAUCUACGGGGUUCUUUCGUGGGAUUGACUGCCCGUUUUAUUGUGAGAAUAACAAUGGGAAAGCCGGUGCAGAUGGGUGCAGCAGACCCUACUGUCACUUCAGACACAGCAAACAAAGACGAGCCGCCUCUGGGAUAUACGACAUCAAAAAGACUAAAGCGCAUUCCGCGAGUCCAAACGAUCAAGGAUAUGAUCCAUUCAGUCCAGAGGUUGUGAGACCGGAAAAGCAUUAUAAUGGGGAGCCACCAUCGGCGGGUCAGGGUGUGGACCUGGGCACCAUGGAGUUGGAGCUGGUCAAUCGGGCCAUUGAGGCUGUUCGCAGUGAGAUGGAAAGGGAAAAGAAGAAGCUUUCUCGGAUUGGAGAUCAGGAAUAUGAGCCCACCACGAGCUCUGUUAAGAGACCAAAGCCCUCUGCAUCAUCCCAUCAGGGAUAUGAUCCUGGGAGCUAUCAGAUGGGCCAAGCAAGUGAAUACACCCCGUCCCCCCGCUCCAGCAAAUACACUUUGGACUCAGAGAACAGCAGUAGCAACGCCAGCGCAAUGGAGUAUGUGCCCACCGCUGUCUCCAAAAAAAGCAUUAAAAAGGUGUUACCUCCCCCACCGUCCCGUGUCAAGUGUAAAUACACUCUGGAUAAUUCCAAACCAACAACGGACAUGGAGUAUGACCCGCUGUCGAACUAUUCGGCUAAGCCGACUCUUAAAGAACAGAGAACUUUGUGUUCAGAGGGAGAAGGGAGAAAGAGAUUUUACCCUGAAAAACAAGGGAAAGAUGAGGAAUAUGUUCCAACGGUGAAAAAACCAAGGUCGUCGCCACCUAAGGCAGAUGUGCCGAAGUACACUCUAAGUUUCUCUGAAUCUGACGAGGAAAGUUCCGGAACAGAAUAUCGGCCAACGUCCCUAAGCCGCCUGCAGCGCAAGGGGAUCAACAUCGGCUUGAAACAGGAACGAGAGUCGGGUUUGAUGGGACAACAAAAAAAGCAGGUGUCUAAAAUAGACGAUAGCUUCUCACAUAGCGAAUCUGAUGAUGUGGAGUCCCAGGAUGUGGACAGGACAAACAAAAAGAUAGAUAAAAAGAUAUCUGUGAGUCAGUUGAAAAAUAUUAAAUCUAAUAAGCCAAAAAAAGAGGAGAAGGACUCCAAUAAGAAGAGUUCAAAAGAAAGGCUGGAAAGUUCAAGCGUCAACAAGACGUCAAAAAAUUCAAGUAAAAAAGACAAAAACCAAAGUAAGACUGUGGAUGGAAGCAGUAAGUCCAAGGAAAAGGUGCGGAAAGACGGAACUGAGUCAAAGAGUAAUGAUGAAAAGAACAAGAAGAUAGUUAAGAUAAAGAGUGAACACAGCCAAAGGGAAAAAGAGAGAGGAAGUGGCAACAUCAAGAAACCCAAAACAGACAAACCUAUAAAAAACGAUAAGGUGCCAUCCAAAUUCAAAGACCAAAAGAAUGGAAAACUUGAGAGCAGUGCAAAGGAGAAGGACAAAAAGAAAAGCAGCCAUGGGAGCGGCAGUACCAACAGCAGUAGCACUAAAGAUAAAAGUAAAAAAGGCAGCUCGAUCCGUGAUCACAAACAGGCAAGAGAGACCAAACAGAGGAAUCUGAGCCACGUGGAUUUGUUCGGUGCUGAGAGUGCAGAAGAGGAUGAUGAGGAAGACGAGAGGAUAGUGAGGAAGUCUGCUUCUGCUUUUAAACGGGGAAGCCUCAUUAAUAAUAAGAGGAAAACCUCCGAAGAUGCGUCAUCGUCAGAGGAUGAUUCUGAAGUGGAUAAUGAUGAUGGUGGUGAUGGUGAUGAAGCAGUGGACUACUCCUGUCUGCAGGAUGAGAUGGAGUAUGACUCGGACCCUAUGGAGGAGUGUCUGCGCAUAUUUAAUGAAUCCAAAGAGGUCAAGAUGGAAGACAAAGGGAGACAAGCUAAGCAGCCUUCAAGGGAACAGGAGGAGGAGGAGGAUGAAGAAACGGAAAGCACUUUAACUACUCUCUUUCCUGGUCAGAAGAAGAGGGUGUCACAUUUUAAAGCUCAAGGAAAGUCAGAGGCGUCGCUGAACACUGUGCCGAUGACACAGCGGAGGAUGACGGCGCAGGAGAUCUGUUACCAGCGCAUGCAGAAGGCCCAGCAGCAGGCAGCACAGCUGGCUGCCGCAGUAAAGACUGCGUCUGCAUCGACCAACCCAAUACUGGGGGUCCCUGGAGAAAAACGACGGGUGGCACACCGGCCAACUGCCUCCCUGCCCUCCUCAAAGCCUGGACUAGCUAAUGCCAGCAGUCAGGUGUUGUCACCCACCAGGGUGGCGGUAAAUCAGCUUUCAGUCAAAGCUCAAACGUCGGCAGGCAUCCUGUCAAAGACCACAUCCACUGCAAUGCAGAAGAGAGUGGCUCAUACCCCUACUCUGAAGAGCUCUGCCAUGAAGCGUCCUGUCAUUCCUGCUGAAUUUGGGGCCAAGGUGCCCACAAAUGUCCGUCAGCGUUACCUUAACAUAUUCAUUGAUGAGUGCCUGAAGCUCUCUUCCUCUGAACAGGAAGCCUUUCAGAUGGCUCUGGAGGAAGAGAAGGUGGUGUAUGACAGGAGCAGCAGUAAGAACAUCUAUCUGAAUGUAGCUGUGAACACGCUGAAGAAGCUCCGCAGCAAGAGCACACCUACGUCCCCUGCCCUCAAGACCCCGGCUGUAUCUGUGAAUAGAAAGGCUCAAUCCCAUGAAGGAGUACUUGGUGGACGGCUUGCUGCCACAACCAGCUACACAAUCAACCGCUCCGGCAAACAGCAGGAUGUGGAUCUUAAAGGUGCCAUUCUCUAUAAAAAACUGAAAAAGUAUGCAAUGACUGAAGAACAGCUGCAAGAGCAUGGCUACCCCAGACCUCACCCUGAGAUGUCGGGUCACGCUGUCGUCCAUAACCUUCCAGAAAAGAAAAGCAAUGACCCUUUUUCCAAAAUCUGUAGUCGAUGUGGUGCCGAGUACAAGAUAAACGCUAAUGGCAGCUGUGUGCGUAAGGAGGAGUGCAGUCACCACUGGGGAAGAUUACGCAGAAACAGAGUUCCAGGAGGUUGGGAGACCCUUUACAGCUGCUGCUCUGGUGCGGUUGGUUCUCCUGGAUGUGAAGUGUGUAAACAACAUGUACAAGAUGGCCGCAAAGAGUCCUUGGAUGGUUUUGUGAAGACUUUUAGCAAACCGUUGCCAGUAGAUGGAAAUGCAGGUGUCUACGCCUUGGACUGUGAGAUGUGCUACACAAAGCAAGGUUUGGAGCUGACCAGAGUGACCGUCAUUAACUCUGACCUCAAAGUUGUGUAUGACACAUUUGUCAAGCCAGGGAGCAAAGUGGUGGAUUACAACACACGGUUUUCAGGUGUGACACAGGAUGAUCUGGAGAACACCACCAUCACCCUGAGAGAUGUGCAGGCGGUGCUGCUGAGCAUGUUCAGUGCCGAGUCCAUUCUAAUUGGACACAGUCUUGAGAGUGACCUGUUUGCGCUUAAGCUUAUUCACAGUGUAGUCGUGGACACCGCUAUUGUGUUUCCUCACCGCCUGGGUCUGCCUUACAAACGUGCCCUGCGCAACCUUAUGGCCGACUACCUCAAACGCAUCAUACAGGACAGUGUGGGGGGGCAUGACUCCAGUGAGGAUGCCCGGGCCUGCAUGGAACUCAUGAUCUGGAAGAUCAAAGAGGAUGCCAAGGUGAAGAGAUGACCUCUGACCCUGCCAGUUCUCUCUCACCAUGUUAUGACCUGGAAUGAUCUUUGAAGAACAGAGUGUCAUAGAGGAAGAGUCACUGAAACUCUUCAUAAUGGGCCGUGCGUCACAUGGGUUGGAUAAACUCCGUCAGAGUAAAUGCUGCAGUUUGAAUGAUGGGGAAUGAAAGAGAAGGACUUUCACAAAGGGGAGGAGACCUGUGGGAAUAACGUGACAGAUUGCAAAGCCCAGACCUCCAUGGCUCCUAGCAACUAGAGCUAGUGCCCUAUCAAACAAGCAAUCCUAAUUCACACCAUGCUAAAACAGACCUAGUUAUGGCUGUAAUUAUCACAAGAAGUGGACAUGGAUUGGGCUGGGGUGAUUGGGGUAAUUGACCUUUUGAUGAGUUAAAGUAUUCCCUAUGUAUUUUUUUUCCCCAGCAGUAUUUUUAAGUUUUCAAGAACCCUAGCCCUCCCAAAUCAUGAGUUUUGAUGGUGUUUUAAUGUUCACUUUAGGUGAUGUGGCUCCAGGUGUCGUUCCUGGAAGGUCUGUGUUGCACUCUAAGUAUAUAGUUGUAUAUUAAAUCCACAAUUAUACUUGAAACCAUGUUUUUCAGCACUGACGUGAUGUCACUUCCUCUAGUAAUAAUGUAUAGCAAUCCACACACACUGAAAAUCGCUUUCUGUGUAGCUGCAAAUAUGUAAAACAAAAAUUUUCCUGACAUUUGUCUUAUAAGCCAGACUCAGUAUUAUUAUCUGUACUCAAAUUAGUACAAUUUAUUUACACAUUCAAAUUUGUUAGUGAUUUGUUCACGUAAUUCAUGAGCUGACGGGACAAUUUGAAAAAAAAAAAAAAAAAAAAAACUGUUUAUUUUGAUUUACUUGUUAGUUUAAUUUGUAUUAGGUCAUUUAAUCUAUAAAAUGAAGUACUUUAUAAAUUGACACACUAAAUGUCAUGUCAUUUGUGCAGGCCUGCCACUUUAAACACAUCAAGAUAUAAAAAUGCAUAACUUUCAAUAAUUGUCAAAACUAAAGAUGGCUGUACAGUGUUUUGGAAUGUUAUUAAAUGAGUUCACAUUAAUGCCAUGAGCUGUAAAUAAGUUGUAUCUAAGCUGUUUUUGUAGUUGUUUAGUUUUCUAUUAAAAGCUAUAAAUUUUAUUUUAA